GUUAUGUAGAGUUUCGCAAUAUUUCUUCAAAAGUUGUUGGUCACUUGGUCAGUGAUUAAAAGUAAAAAAUUAAACACAAAUAUCCACGAAAAUUAUAAUGAUAAAACUUAUAUUUUAAUUUUGGUAAUAAUGUCAUGAUAAAAGUUUAGUUAAAACAUUAUUUCCGCCAUGAAAUGGCAAUGAGAUUGGAUUGCAGAAAACACAAUCGUGUAUCUCCUCAACGAUUAUCUCCUAUAUUGACCAAUUCAGUAGAGCCAGAGGACAAUAGUAAUCGAUGUUGUGGAGGAAGAUGGUGGUUUGUUCAUGACAUAUGUGGUAUUAUAUGUGCUGUGGUAACAUGGUUUUUAGUUUUAUAUGCUGAAUAUGUAGUUGUAUUUGUCAUUCUUUUGCCUGGCCCAUAUCCAUAUUACAGUGCUGUAAAUCUGGUGAUAUUUCAAGCAUUAGCCUUCCUUGCAGUUUCUUCCCAUAUUCGAACUAUGUUAACUGAUCCUGGAGCUGUUCCAAGAGGAACAGCUACAAAAGAAAUGAUUCAACAGUUAGGAUUGAGAGAAGGUCAAGUUGUAUAUAAAUGUCCAAAAUGUUGUAGUAUCAAACCAGAAAGAGCUCAUCAUUGUAGUGUUUGUCAACGUUGUGUUAGAAAAAUGGAUCACCAUUGUCCUUGGGUGAACAAUUGUGUUGGAGAAAAUAAUCAAAAAUAUUUUGUUUUAUUUACAUUUUAUAUUGCUGUGAUAUCAUCUCAUGCCUUUUUCUUAGCAAUUAGCCAUUUUGUGAUAUGCAUUAAUAGUGAUUGGAAACAACAUUCAAAUCAUUCUCCUCCAGCCACCAUUAUAUUGUUAUUGCUGCUCAUAUUUGAAUCACUACUAUUUGCCAUCUUUACUAUGGUGAUGUUUGGCACUCAAAUUCAAGCCAUUUGGAAUGAUGAGACAGGCAUUGAACAGUUGAAGAAAGAAGCUGUUAAAUGGCAGAAGCAUUCACCUUGGAGAAGCCUAAGAGCUGUAUUUGGUCGAUUUUCUCUUACGUGGUUUUCACCAUUCACUACUCCUCAGACUUACAGAAGGAAGUUUGAGGGAUUUCUCUAUGCUGUUUAGAACAUAGAAACAAGUAUAUUAUGUUUAAGUUUCAUCCUAAGGAUAAAUCAGGGCUAUUUUUCUAGUGGAAUGUGUGGGUUUUGUUUACUGAAAAAGUUAAUUUUUAUAAUUUCACAUUUCUUUUGAUAUAGAAUAGCUCAAUUAAAUAAUUUAUUUCUUAAAUAGCAUUCAAUGCAAAAUACAGUUAUAAAAUGCUUACAAAAAUAUGAAAAAAAUAUAUUUGUAAAAACUGUUUUUCAUUAUCUGCUUUGUAAUUUUUAGAGUAUUACAUUUAAUGUGUACAAAAAUUAAUGUUAAAUAAUAGUUUUAAUCAAUGAAAAUUGUUAAUUUACUGUGUCCUUGUAUAUAGAAAUGCUGUUAUGUUAUGUAACAAACCACAAACUUAAAAUAGACAAGCCUAUUUGACAUUCCAUUAAAAAUUCAUAUUUUUACUUGAUAAUUCAUUAUAAUAAUGUAUUGAAUUUGCAUUUUUUUGUUAUUUUUUUAUAAUAAUUACUAAAAUAAAUAGUUAUUUUUCAGAAGAGAACAUAGUAAAUACUAAAAAUGACAAGCUGAUAUGAUAAUGAGUAAGUUUUAACAAAUUUGUAAUAAGAAAUUUUUGAAUUUUAACUACAUUAAGAAAAAUUUAUAAGUAGAUAAUUACUUAUUAUCUAUUUAUCAAUUUCAAAAUAUUUAUGAAGUGCUUCUUCCUGGAAACUUUUAUUAAUUGAAAUUUUGAAAUGAUUUGUGCCUUAAAGAGUUACUGCUGAAUUAUUUUGUUUUUGUUUUUAUAUUUGCAGCAGAAUUACAGUAUUCAAACAAUAUAAAAUGUAUUUUUGUUAUAUACUAGGAAUAGAAAUAUCCUAACUGUUUUAAAUUAUAGUUUGUGAUAUAUGUGAAGAUAUUAAAAAGUUUAUCUAUUUGAAAUUAUGCUUGAUAAAUGAGUAAUAUAAUAUAUAUAUAUAUAUAUAUAUACACAUAUACAUACAAAAUAUAAAUAAUAAAUGUGAACUCCUGAUUGAAAGAAAUGUAUAUAAUAUCAUUACAUAUAUUUUUCCGUGAAAUAUUAGAAAUUAUUGUUGUUGAUAGGUUAGAAUGCUGUAAUGACUUUCAGGAAAAUCAACAGAUGAUUGAAGAAAUGAAAAGUAUCAAAUAUACUUAACUCUCUGUUGCAAAAUUUUUUAAACAUAUCAGGAAAAAUAAUAUAUAUAAAUUUAAUUAUAACAAGUAAGGAACAAAACGAUAUACCAUAUUUGUUUGCAUGUAAGGUAAUGUUUACAAUAUAUUCAGCUAUAUAUUUGGAAUUAUAUUUUAGUGAAUUUAUAUAUAAUGCCAUCUGAUGUGAUAAUCAUACCAUCAUAUAAAAAUGUACAGAAACAUUAGAAGAUUAAAUAGGUUAUUUUUACAACUAUAUGAGAACAAAAAAUUAUAGAAUAUAAAUAAAAAAACAAGCCAUUGAAUACUCAAAUAAUAUAUAAAAUAGUGUAAUGUAUAUAAAAAAAGAAAGUUUCCUAAAGUUAUAUAUGACAUACUCAUUGUACUGUACACUAUUACUGAAUGUUUUAAAUGUGACAGAUAAGAUGUUUUUAUUGCUAACUUUUUUGCUAAUUGAUAAAAAUGCAAAUUUUUAUCAUAGGAAAAGAUUAAUCCAAGGGCAAAGCUUUUUACAUCAUGUUGUUGUUCUAUUACUUCAAAUUCAAAAUGAUAGGGAGUAAUCUUGAAUGUAACUGUUAUAAUAUGCAAAAUGAGAAGCCCUUACAAAAAGAUAUAAGUCCAGUAAAUCAUUCUUAUUUAGUCUUCAAUUAAAAUUACCCACAAUCAUAUGAAUUGUGAAAAUUUCGAGAUGGGAAUCGUCAAUUAACAGCUUUGUGUAUAUUGUAUGUGCAUAACAAUUUCAAUUAAAGUAAUUAAAGUUAGUAAUAAACACAUUAAUAGUAUAGAGAUAAAUUUUAAUAAAUGUAAUUAUUUGUUAUAUUUGUCUGUUGAAAACAUCUAAAAAAUUGCUGUUAUAUUCAAGGAAAACAUCACAAGAUAAUGAUCUCAAUGAAAUGCAAAACAGAUAUAUACACUGGUGUGCAAAACUUAAGCAACGAUUGUUUUUUUUCCAUAACUCUGCAAGAAAUCACUUGGGAGACAAGAAAUUUAGAAUACAGAGGCAGUAUUUUGUACUUAAUUGAUGAAGAAAGCAUAUUAGUGCAAAAAUGAAUAGAAUGUAUACAGUAUGGAAUCAAAGUCGUCUUGUUUUUGUAGUCUUGCACUGCAUGUGCUGACUGCAUACAUUUUGCAUGUCCUCAUAUCAUCUGUGUUAUCUUCUUUCUACAUAUGAAUCACCUUUCUACCAAAAUGGGUGUUCAUUGUACUGAUUGCAACAAGUCCUUCUCUACAAUUUCAUGGCUGUCUGCUUAAAAAUUAGAUGGUUGCUUAAGUUUUGCACACCAGUGUACUUGGACAAUUGGUAUUUAGAUUAAUCAGAAUAAGAUAUGAAUAAUAAUAAUUAAAAUUUUAUACUAUAUUGAAAUAUAAAAUACAUUAUUAAUAUGUAGUAGGGUCCCAAUUAUCUAAGGUAAUGUAAACUUGAGUAUUUCAGAUAGUCAGAAAACUUGGACAACAGAAUUUGGUAAAUUAUUAAAUAAAUCUUAUUUCUAUGUAAUAAUGUAUAUAAUGUACUGUUUUUUUAGGUUAUAUCUGUUUAUUGAAUAUAAUGAUUUUUAAUAAUAUAAUAAGAACUUUUACUGUAAUUUUAUUCAGAACUGUAUUUAUUGAAGCAAAUGUAAACAAAUACAAUUAAAAUUUCUUUAAAUUUUUUUAAAAUUCAUAUUGUCUUGAAGAUGUCAAAAUCCCUAAUAAAUUUUUUUAAACAUCUAGAACCUAUCAAAUACCAUGCUUCAUUGGCCAAGAUUUAUGAAAUGAAUGGAAUUGUCUUUUCUGAGAAAAUAUUCUAUUGUAAUUUACAUUGGAUAGUGUAGAACUGUGGUUAAACAGACUUUAAUUAAUUGGGCUCUGCUGAAAUUUGUUUUUACAAACAUACAUAAUAAAUUUUAAAAAUUUUGCUAUAAAUAGUUAGACAAAAUUAUAGGGGAGGUUUUUUAAGCUUGUUGUGAUCUUAUAUGACAUAUAUGAAUUGCUAGUCAAAUGUGAGAAUUAAAUGUGUAAAAAUUUAAAAAAUUUAAUAUAUAGUGUUGAAAAUACUUUUUUUUAAAUUACUAAAAUUAUAUAGAUGCAACUGGCACAAUACAAUCUGUUAUAAUUUAUGAUAUAAUGCAAAGAAAAGUUAUAUGAAAAAUUUUAAAAGUCUUUACAAAAACUUAAGAAAAAGAUAGAGAGAAUAAUUUAGUUUUUU